GCCGGGUAGCGGAGUAGCAUCCGGUCCUUGUAGGACGCGCCAGGGCAAAAUCGUUAGACAUGGCCGGGGAAAUGACGGUGUUGGGUUCUGCUAUUUUGACCCUUUUACUAGCUGGAUAUCUAGCCCAACAGUAUUUACCUAUGCCCACGCCAAAAGUAAUAGGGAUUGACCUUGGUACUACAUACUGUUCAGUUGGAGUGUUCCUUCCUGGUAAAGGACAAGUGAAAGUGAUUCCAGAUGAAAAUGGACACAAUAGCAUUCCAAGCAUAGUGUCAUUUACUGAGAAUGAUGUGCAUAUGGGAUAUGAUGCACUAGAACUAGCAGAUGCAAAUCCACAGAAUACUGUGUAUGAUGCCAAGAGAUUUAUAGGAAAGAUCUUCACCACAAAGGAACUUUUAAAUGAAAGCAGCAGAUAUCCAUUUAAGAUUCUUAACAACAAAGGAACUGCUGAAUUUUCUGUUGUAACCAAUGAUACUAUUAGGGUAACACCGGAGUACAUUAGUUCUCGGCUUCUUUUGAAAUUGAAAAGGAUGUCAGAGGAGUUUCUCGGAAUGCCUGUUUCCAAAGCAGUUAUUUCAGUGCCAGCAGAGUUUGAUGAAAGACAGCGCAACUACACAAUUAAGGCAGCUCGCCUUGCAGGACUGGACAUUUUGCGGGUAAUUAAUGAGCCUACUGCUGCAGCAUUGGCAUAUGGCCUUCACAAGGCUGAUGUAUCCAAUGUUCUGGUAGUAGAUCUGGGUGGAGGAACCUUGGAUGUCUCCCUGCUAAAUAAACAAGGAGGGAUGUUCCUGACUCGAGCGAUGGCAGGGAACAACAAACUUGGAGGGCAGGACUUCAAUCAACGGUUGAUGCAAUUCCUCUAUAAUGAACUCCAUCACACAUAUGGCUCUCUGCCCUCUAGAAAAGAAGAAAUACAUCGUCUCAGGCAGGCUGUAGAAUCUGUCAAAUUAAAUUUGACAGUUCACACUUCUUCAACAAUCCAAAUUUCUCUUACCAUGCCAGAGAAGAAAGACCAGCAUGAAAAUUUGCAAAAGGAUAACAAACAUGAAAAUAAUUCUUCAGAAACUGAAAUGAAAGAGCACAGGAAAGAUAGCUUUUCAAAAUCUCUUGAUGACACAUGGAAAACAAUUAGCUUUGAAACAGAAAUUUCCCGAAAACUCUUUGAGACAUUAAAUGAUGACCUUUUUGAGAAAAUCCUUGUGCCCAUUGCACAGGUACUGAAAGAAGGACAUCUACACAAGGCAGAAGUAGAUGAGAUUGUAUUAGUUGGAGGUUCCACCCGAAUUCCAAAAAUACGUAAAAUUAUUACAGAAUUCUUUGGAAAGAAACCCAACACCUCUGUUGAUCCAGACCUAGCUGUUGUAACAGGGGUGGCAAUCCAAGCAGGAAUUGUUGGGGGAUCUUGGCCUCUUCAAGUUAGUGCUGUGGAAAUCCCAAACAGGCAUUUACGGAAGAGAAAUUUCAAUUGAACUUCAGUGUUCUUGCAUUAAUAUUUUUAAUAAUAUAAACAAAGCAGGAUUCUAUUUGUUCAACUAAAUUCUAUUGGCAUGAUGCUGGACUUUCAGUGUACAUUAGUUCCUCCCCAUCAUUGAAGAGAUUCAGAAACUGGAUUUAAAAAAUAUUUCAUUUCUCCUUGAGUUAGCAGAACAGUGAGCUCAUUAUUUAACGAAAGCCAAUGAUCAGAAGCUUCAUUCCUGAAACUUUAUUUUAUUGUCCUGCUUUAAUAAUGAACAGAACCUCAAGACUUCAUUACUUGAAUAAGGAACAAAAUAAUUUGAAGUAAUGAUGACAAUAGUGUUGGUAUUGUAUCCUGAUAUUUCUCAGGAGUUUGUAUUGAUUGGGCUUGGCCUGACAUGGAGCAGUAUUAAUAUAUAUCAGUGAAGUUCCUCUUAAAUGGCAUUUAAACGCACUUUUCUUAACAUUGUGUUCAAGCCUGACUAUGGUUUAAGUACUGUCAAUUCUGUGUCUGUGUUCAUUAACACCAUAAACUUUGGGGAGCUGCCACUCUUAAUAUCUAAUAAGAGGCAAUCAUUGUACACAAUGACUUCCUAUAUAGAAGUGGGCACUAGUUAACCAUUGCUGAUUAUAUGACAGAAUGACCCCUUUUGAUAUAAUACAAAACUAUUGAGUAGUGUUAUAAAAUGAACCUUGGGUUCAUAUGCUCCCCUUUUCUCCAGCAAGGCCAUGAGGAGAUUGAAGGUAAUUGCUUCCGUUUUCAAUUUAUUGCAGUUUAGUGUUAUGCCUUACCCCUAAAUUAUGGUUAAUCUUAAAUAUGGCAUACUGAAACAUGCCUUCUUCAUAACCACUGUUUGAGAUUGGCUUGCUCCAAUAAUUCACAAUUCAAGCUGACCAUAGUUAGUUUAUGGUUUAGCAACAUAUGGAUGUCCCGUGGAUUCAUACAAAA